AUGGGAACCUUUUUUCACACUCUUCUCACAUUGUUAUCAUUCGUAGCGAUCUCUCAUACUCAGAUUCUUCUCGCCGGUUCUUUUCCGAUUUCUCCUAACUUUCCGGCGGUUUUCAACUUCGGAGACUCUAACUCCGACACCGGAGAACUCACAUCUGGUCUUGGAUUCCGUCUCCAACCAACCUAUGGAAAAUCCUACGCCUUUAAACCUCCAUCUACUGGAAGAUUCUGUGAUGGACGUCUCAUCGUCGAUUUUCUAAUGGAAGCAAUUGGUCGACCCUACUUGAGACCUUAUUUGGAUUCGGUUAGCACACAAAGCUACCUGAGAGGCUGCAAUUUUGCUGCGGGUGGAUCAACGAUUCAGAAGGCAAAUGCUGCAUCCAUUAGUCCUUUUGGUUUUGGUGUUCAAGUCGCUCAAUUCAUCACCUUCAAAUUUAAAGUUCUUCAAUUAAUACAACAAGAUAAAACUCUAAAAAACUUACCGUCGGAAGAUCAUUUCAAAAAUGGAUUGUAUAUGUUUGAUAUCGGACAAAAUGAUAUAGCCGGUGCAAUUUACGGCAAAACAGUAGAUCAAGCUGCUGCUGUCAUUCCUACAAUCAUAAAAACAUUUGAAGAUGGAAUAAAUAGACUAUAUUGGGAAGGGGGUGCAAGAAACUUUUGGAUACACAACACAGGACCAAUUGGGUGUUUAGCUCAGAUGGUGUCAUUAUUUGGGAGAGAAAAAUCAAAAGUUGAUGAGUUUGGUUGUGUCAUUGGCCAUAACGAAGCUGCUAAGCUCUUCAAUUUACAGCUUCAGGGUCUUGUCAGAAAUUUAUCUCAACAAUAUCGUGAUGCUAAUUUCACGUACGUCGAUAUCUUCUCCAUCAAAUCUGACCUCAUCCAGAAUCAUACCAAAUAUGGUUUUGAUCAGUCCAUAAUGGUAUGUUGUGGAACCGGAGGACCGCCACUAAACUACAAUGAUCAGAUUAACUGCGGUUCGACAGGGACAUCUUCAAAUGGUACGAAAAUAACAGCCACAGCAUGUAAUGAUAGUUCCAAAUAUGUUAACUGGGAUGGAGUUCACUACACCGAAGCUGCAAAUCGGUUUGUUUCACAGAAAAUUCUCUCUGGUAAAUAUUCCCAGACAGUGUCGUCUUGAAAUCAGAAUCUUUAAAGGGUCUUUUGUGGUUUCAUGUGUGAUAAAACAGAGCAUUCUUUAAUAACUUUUUUUUCAUAAUAUUAAAUGCUCUGACUCAAUAAAAGUUAUCUUGUUCAAGUUUCAUGUAACGUUUCUGUCUACCUAUUAGACCACACACAGGUUUGUACAAGACUACAAUCAGCAACAAUUUCCAUUACAUAUUGUUAUCUUCUGAGUUGGUUAGUUCCUCAUUCAAUUUUGUUUCAGCUUCUUCAGUACUCUCGCAUUCUUGAUCUGAAUCCGCCAUAUGAUCAAAGAAAUCACCAAAAUACCAUUUACAAUCAUCUUUCCAUUCGCCUUUAUGCGCGUUAACCCGCCAUUUCUGAUCUGCAAUCAUCUCUGGUGACAAACCCCAUUUCUCUAACUCUUCCUCAGUAUGAUGAAUCGCCAAGCUGUAGUCACCGCCUUGUCCCAACUCCAUAACUCUGAUCUCACUAUUCCCGGGAUUGUUCAGUGCCUCAAACUGUUCCACUGUCCACUUAAACCAUUUCAUCAGAAACACACGCGAUGUUAACCCAUGUGAGACGAUCACAAAGUUUAGAUCAUGAGUCGGGUUCAUGUGUAGUCUGUUCAUGUCAAUAUCUCUCCAU